AUGGCGGGAAUAAAACCAGUCGGCCAAACGACCUCUGCUGUGGAAUACAAUCCCGACCAUGAAAGCCAAUCAAACUCCCAGCUACCACGCCGUUCGUUUCGAUCCUUCAUCUGGGAUACUGAUACUCACUUGAAAUCACCCGAGGAGCGCCGACUGCUGCUCAAGCUCGACGCUGCAAUUCUCAGUAUUGGCUGUCUAGGGUUCUUCAUGAAAUAUUUAGACCAGGGUAACCUUUCAAAUGCUUAUGUAUCAGGGUUACAAGAAGCUCUCUCAAUGUACGGAAAUGAGUAUACAUACGCUGGCACCGCAUACACCGUCGCCUAUGCCGCCAUGCAAAUCCCCAGCACUCUGAUUGUCCAACGGAUUCGACCUAGUAUCUGGCUUUCCGCGAUGGAGGUUGGCUGGGCUAUCUUCACUUUUGCACAGGCUGGAAUGCACAACGUUGGUGAGCUGUAUGCCUUUCGGUUUCUUGUCGGGUUUUUCGAAAGUUCAUUCUUUCCAGUGCUAUUGUAUGUCUUGGGAAGUUGGUAUACAAAGACGGAACUAGCAAAGAGGGUUGCCCUGUUUCAUAUGACAGCACCGCUAGGCUCCGCCUUUGGCGGAUAUCUACAGGCGGCAGUGUAUAAAAAUCUCAAUGAGGCUCAUGGACUGGCUGGAUGGAGGUGGCUUUACAUUGUCUGUGGGUGCAUGACCAUCCCUGUCGGAAUUGCGACAUACUUUCUGCUUCCUGACACUCCGUUUACCACACGUGUCUGGUAUCUCUCGAAGAGCGAACGCGAUCUCGCUGAAGAACGAGUUCGGAAAGCCGGAAAGGCAGCACCGGCGAACAUAAAUAUGGAAACCUUCAAAAGAAUUCUUAGCUCGUGGAAAUGGUACGCUUUCGUUCUAGGAUAUGUGCUAUACGGAUCGUCAUGCGGUAGCGGCAGCUACUUUGCCAUCUGGCUCAAAUCCGAGGGUUUCUCGGUCGUCGAUCGAAACAUCAUCCCAACUGGGACUUCUUUAAUUGGAGCGGCCUGCGUUGUACUCUGGGGGUUCCUCUCAGACUACACGGGUAGUAGAAAUAUUGCUAAUGGAAAGUGUGUCCCAAAGAUUCUUGGACUUAUUCCAAAUGGAAUUCUGGCUGCGUGGCCAUCGAGCAUUCCCCUUAAAGAGUUUGCAUUCCUGACGACGAAUGUCCAGCUUAUGACAGCCGUAUUCUACACCUGGGCCAAUGAAGUAUGUGCCGACAAUAACGAAGAAAGAGCAGUUGUCGUUAGUAGCAUGAAUGGUUUUCAGUACGCUGUGGCCGCCUGGCUACCCAUUGUGAUUUUCCCGCAGACGAUGGCGCCGACUUUUCGUAAGUCAAAUUCGUUUCCGUUUCCAGGCGGAUUUGGUUGA